AUGGCCCAAUCCACUAUGAAAGCCUGGAUAUAUUCCGGCACAACAAAUGGACUAGAGAAAAACCUCACCUUCGACACCUCAGCAAGCACCCCCAAAGUCUCAGGUGAUGAAGUCCUCGUCAAAGUCCUCUCCGCCUCCCUCAACCCAGCAGACUACAAAGUUCCCGAGAUGGGCAUGGUAGCCCAGAAACUCGUGAUCGGCACCCCCGCCAUCCCAGGCAUGGAUUUCUGCGGCGAAGUCAUCAGCAGUGGACCAUUCAUGCCAGGUCAACUCGUCUACGGGUGUCUGAGCAGACCUUCUCGGUACGGCUCUUUGGGCGAAUACCUGGUGGUCUCUGCUAAUUUCCUUGCGCCCGUGCCGGAGGGUGUCGAGGUUGAUCAUGCCGCUGCUAUUGGUAUUGCCGGACAGACGGCGUACCAAAGUCUGGCUGGGUACGUGAAUGCCGGGGAUCGUGUUUUUAUCAAUGGUGGGUCUGGGGGGUGUGGGAUUUUCGCGAUCCAGAUUGCUAAGGAACUCGGGUGUCAUGUUACGACUACUUGUUCGACGCGGAAUGUGGAUUUCGUCCGUGGCAUUGGGGCAGAUGUGGUGAUUGAUUACUCUGCCGAGGACGUUGUUGCAAAAUUGAAGGACGGGGAGACAUUUGAUCAUGUCGUUGAUCAUAUUGGAGUUCCGGCGCCGCUGUACCGCGAGUCCAAUGCGUUUUUGAAGCCUGGCAAGGCGUUUGUGCAGGUUGGGGCCUCGGCUAUGGCUACCUUUGCGGAGAGAUUGGUGGUGCCGGGUUUCUUGGGUGGUGGCAGGAGAAAGUAUGUGAUUUUCUUCUUCAAAAAUACCAAGGAAGAUCUGGUGAAGGUUGGUGAGAUGGUUAAGACUGGAGCUGUGAAAAUCCAGCUGGACUCUACUUUUGAAUUCCAGGACACUGUGAAGGCGUUUGAGAAGCUCCGCUCUGGAAGAGCGAGAGGCAAGAUCGUUGUGCAUGUUGCCAAUUCUUAG